AUGAGCAGCGCCGAGAUGGGCAAGUUCAACAUCUCCCCCGACGAGGACAGCAGCAGCUACAGCUCCAACAGCAACGACUUCAGCUACCCCUACCCCACCAAGCCGACCGCCAUGAAGAGCCACUAUGCGGAUAUUGAUCCAGAAAAUCAAAAUUUCUUGCUCGACUCCAAUCUUGGAAAGAAGAAAUAUGAAACUCAGUAUCAUCCGGGUACUACUUCCUUUGGAAUGUCAGUAUUUAAUCUGAGCAAUGCUAUUGUGGGUAGUGGCAUCCUUGGUCUUUCUUAUGCCAUGGCUAACACUGGAAUUGCUCUUUUUGUGAUACUCCUCCUGUUUGUGUCAAUAUUUUCUUUGUAUUCAGUGCAUCUCCUUUUGAAGACUGCCAAUGAAGGAGGAUCUUUGUUGUAUGAACAGUUGGGAAUGAAGGCAUUUGGUAUGGCUGGAAAACUUGCUGCUUCUGGAUCAAUUACAAUGCAGAACAUUGGAGCUAUGUCAAGCUACCUCUUCAUAGUGAAAUAUGAGUUACCAUUGGUCAUCAAGACAUUUAUGAACAUCGAAGAGACCACAGGAGAAUGGUAUCUUAAUGGUGAUUAUUUAGUGCUGCUGGUGUCUGUCAUCCUCAUUCUUCCCCUGUCCUUACUGAAAAAUUUAGGAUAUUUGGGCUAUACCAGCGGCUUUUCGUUACUUUGCAUGGUCUUCUUUCUGAUUGUUGUAAUUUGGAAGAUGUUUCAGAUUCCUUGUCCUAUGGACAGUGACAUUAUGAACAUGACAUUAAUAAAUGUGACACUGGCACCUUUGGUAGAUGAAAACAUAACAAGUGAUGAUUUGUGCAAGCCAAAGUACUUCAUCUUCAAUUCACAGACUGUCUAUGCUGUCCCAAUCCUAACAUUUUCUUUUGUCUGCCAUCCUGCAAUUCUUCCUAUCUAUGAAGAACUCAAAAGCCGAAGCCGUAAAAGAAUGAUGAAUGUGUCCUAUGUAUCUUUUUUUGCCAUGUUCCUCAUGUAUUUAUUGGCUGCUCUCUUUGGAUACCUGACGUUUUAUGGAAAAGUUGAACCAGAACUGCUUCAUACCUACUCUGCUUAUCUGGGUGCUGAUGUUCUUCUUCUUAUUGUGCGUCUCGCUGUACUUAUGGCUGUAACCCUUACUGUACCUGUAGUUAUUUUCCCAAUACGCAGUUCCAUUACCCAGCUGUUGUGGGCAGGGAAGGAGUUUAGAUGGUGGCGUCACUGUUCCAUUACAGUUGCUCUUCUGGGGUUUACCAACAUGCUUGUUAUCUUUGUCCCUACUAUCCGAGACAUCUUCGGAUUCAUUGGUGCAUCUGCGGCUGCCAUGCUGAUCUUUAUACUUCCUUCUGCCUUCUAUAUCAAAUUAGUGAAGAAGGAACCAAUGAAGUCAGUGCAAAAGAUUGGGGCUGCGUUCUUCUUUCUAAGUGGUAUACUUGUGAUGACUGGGUGUAUGACACUGAUUAUUCUAGACUGGACCCAGAACGUUGCAUCUGAUGGCCAUUAACUGUCCUGGUUUAAUCUCUAAUACUCCACUUCAAAUGCCAGUGUUCACUCAGAUACCUACUGAGAACGAAAAUGAGCUAUUCAGCUUCCUUCAAAAUGCAGAUUCUUUGUUGAUGGUUCUUCUGAUUGUAGAAUACGCAAACUCUGUCUUUAAGAAACUGUUCUGCGUGAUGGAAGUGGAUAUUUAAAUCAAACCACGUGAGUGUCUGGCUGAAGGAAGUGACAACUUUAUUCCAUUCCAGAGAAUGGACAGAACUCGCUGUAGACUUUUAUCAAGCCAUGUUUGGCUUCCGUCAUUGUUACUUGGAUAUUUUGUUAUUUUACUUGAAUGUGCCUAAUGGAACCA